UGUCUCCACCGCAGAGGCAGACAGCUGAGGAUGAGCCUCAGGGGGAUAUUUAAAGCUCUGGGAAAGCGGAAGCCUGGUCUGCUGUGUUAUCAUCAGCUGAGAACUGUUAGCUAGCACAGCGCCGAAUAGCAUAUCACUGGCUAGCGCGUGGCACUUUAUUCAGCGCUGUUUCCUCACACAUUCAGCAAAAAAUGAAACGAGAAUGAAACACGAGGUUGUUCGGGUGGUAUUGCCUGCAGCAGUGAAACGUCUUAAGAAGAAGACACGGGAAACUAACUCCUCCCAACCUGUGGAGAGCAGAGUUUGUGCUUCCUGCUCCUGAAGUCUUCCGUCGCCCCUGACCCUUUUAUAGCCUCACCUCCACUGUAACCAUGACGACAGGGGGGUGUUGCCACCUGCCUGGCUCUCUGUGUGACUGUGCGGGCAGCACUGGCCUGUGGAAGAGCGUGGAGGAAGCAGGUGGUGACGGGUGCCAAGCGCUCUACGUCACCCAGGUCACCGCCAUGGAUGGACGGUUGCUCUCCUCUGUGCUCAAACCCAUGAGCGUGCAAAGUGAUGGUCCCAUCUGCCGUAUUUGCCACGAAGGAGGCAGCAGCGAGGGUCUCCUGUCUCCGUGCAACUGCGCAGGCACCUUGGGCACGGUGCACAGGAGCUGCUUGGAGAAGUGGCUGUCGUCCUCCAACACCAGCUACUGUGAGCUCUGCCACGCUGAGUUCAGCAUCGAGCGCCGGCCGAGGGCUCUCACAGAGGUAACAAAGUGGCUGCAGGACCCCGGCCCUCGUAAUGAGAAGAGGACGCUGUUCUGUGACAUGGUGUGCUUUCUCUUCAUCACGCCCCUAGCAGCCAUUUCGGGCUGGUUGUGCCUGAGGGGCGCUCAGGACCACCUUCAACUGGGGAGCUGGCUGCAGGCCGUGGGCCUCAUCGCCCUCACCAUCGCCCUCUUCACCAUCUAUGUUCUGUGGACCCUGGUAUCUUUCCGCUACCACUGUCAGCUGUACUCUGAGUGGAGAAGAACAAACCAGAAAGUGCGUCUGCUCAUUCCUGAAGCCAAGGAGUCUAACUCUUCCCAGCAUUCCUUGCUUUCUACCAAACUGAUGAAGAAGUCUGCCAAUGAGAGUAUAGUAUGAGACCAAAUGGAGACGCUUGGUGAUCAUGGUGUCUUUUCUGUGCAAGGGGCUGAAUGUCACCUGCCAACAAGCCUUUAAAGAAGCACUUGUGGGCUUUUUUUGUUGUUGCUUUUCACACAAAAAAUGUCUUUGCCCCAUCAGAACUUGCAUCACAUUACUUUUUAAAAGAAAAAUGCCCUCCUGUGGGUGCAGAAAUCAGCACAUUUAAAUGGAGUCUGGGUGACCAAGCUUAUGCAAAGGCACUGAGGAACGGAGCCGCACAUGGCAAUGUGCAGAGACAUGGGACAUCGUCAUGGACAUAACAUGAAUAAGACAUGACCAAACUAACUUGUUUAGUGGACUGUGAAAUGUUUUAUUGUUUUUCGGCUUGGUUUCAACAAACCCAUCGAUGGUCCACAGAUGACUGCGGAGUGUAGCAGCUCCAUUCAAUGUUGUGCUGCAAUGAUGAAAGUGUAUACUGCUCUAUACAGUACAUGUCAUACCUUGGCAUGCCCUUACCUACAUAGGCCUUGCAUUCUUUUAAAACGUUGCCCCUUGGGGAGCGCUUUCAAGCGAUUGUGUGAUGCCAUAUUAAUCUGG